GACGCAAAUGCCAAGGACGCAAAGAAGAACAAGGACAAUGGAGCAGCUGCCGAUGGCGCUGCAAAGGACGCAAAUGCCAAGGACGCAGAGAAGAACAAGGACAACGGAGCAGCUGCCAAUGGCGCUGCGAACAAUGGAACUGCUAACGCUGCUGAUGGUAAGGGCAAGAAGAACAAGGACGCAAAUGCCAAGGACGCAAAUGCCAAGGACGCAAAUGCCAAGGACGCAAAGAAGAACAAGGACAACGGAGCGGCUGCCGGUGGUGCUGCGAACAAUGGAACUGCCAACGCUGCCGAUGGCAAGGGCAAGAAGAACAAUGAUGCCAAUGCCAAGGACGCAAAGAAGAACAAGGGAGCAGCUGCCAAUGGCGCUGCGAACAAUGGAACUGCCAACGCUGCCGAUGGCAAGGGCAAGAAGAACAAUGAUGCCAAGGCCAAGGAGAACGGUGACGCGGGUAGUGCCGCCGACACAGGCAAGGCUGCGGCUGGGGGCAACCAGAUUCUCGCCGAUCUCCUCUCGGGUCUCACUGGCGGUGCUGGUGCAGGUGCAGGUGCUGGUGCAGGUGCUGGUGCUGCCAACGGCAACCCUCUGGCGCUCCUCUCCGGCCUCCUCGGGCGCGACGAAGAGUCAGCUGAUGCGGAAUAAACGGCAGUGGGCGUUUCCGUCUGGCUGUAGAAGGAUCACCGUGCCGGGCCGGGUCCUGCAAUAGGGUUUCUCCUAGCGGUCCCGGCCAACGCAACGGCGAAACCCGUGGCAGCUUCGCUGGUAGGGCUGCUUGUCGAGUGUGCUGAUAUGUCGCAAUGGUUGAACGGGGAAAUAACAAAAACCACACAUUUAUUUUUUCGGUGGUGCGCGCGGAACUUGGCUUCCUCCCGUCGCAUCGCCGUUAAGAAUCUCCUUUUGUUUGGGUGUAUUCUUAGGACGGGGUUUGCUGCGAGGGAUUCUUCUCACCUCAUGAGCUUAGGGUUCUUCAGAUGCGUUUUGUAAAUAUUACCGGGAGCCCGCGGAUUUCUUUUUCUUGGGGAAAUUCGGUGAGAAAGGAUUUGGGCGAGGCCGCCCCUCGGAAGCUUAUAUAUCCCGGUUGCGAUACCAUGAGAACGAGAAUGGAACAUAUUAUUCCUCCAAACCGAAUGCUGGCGUGUGACUGCUUGAGUGAGAGAGAGCGCGCGUUGCAAUUUUGGGAGUGAGAUGAGA